AUGUCACUCAAACUUGUGUUCCCUAAAUUUGAUCGGGUUCUGGUGGAGCAUGGAGAGCUAGUGAUGGGUAUUUUAUGCAAGAAGACCCUUGGAGCCUCCUCUGGUUCUAUGUUGCACGUUGCUUGGAUGGAAUUGGGACAUGAAAUUGCAGGAAGAUUCUAUGGUAACAUUCAGACUGUCAUCAACAACUGGCUACUUCUAGAGGGCAUGAGCAUUGGUAUUGGAGACACCAUUUCUGAUCCUGCAACCUACAGAAUUAUUCAGGACACCAUUCGCAAAGCUAAGGAAGAUGUAAUAGAGGUGAUUCACAAAGCCCAUAAUGAUGAGCUUGAGCCAACUCCAGGUAAUACUUUGAGGCAGACUUUCGAGAACCAAGUAAACAGGAUUCUGAAUGAUGCUCGAGACAAAACUGGAGGAUCGGCCAAGAAGUCACUCACAGAAUACAACAAUCUAAAGGCAAUGGUAGUGUCAGGGUCAAAGGGUUCCAACAUUAAUAUUUCUCAGGUUAUUGCCUGUGUAGGUCAACAGAACGUUGAAGGUAAAAGAAUUCCAUUUGGUUUCCGUAAAAGGACCUUGCCACAUUUCAUCAAAGAUGAUUAUGGUCCUGAAUCCAGAGGAUUCGUAGAGAAUUCAUACCUUGCCGGUCUGACACCAUCAGAGUUCUACUUCCAUGCUAUGGGAGGUCGAGAGGGUCUAAUUGAUACUGCUGUAAAGACUGCUGAGACAGGAUACAUUCAGCGACGUUUGAUAAAGGCUAUGGAGAGCGUGAUGGUCAACUAUGAUGGAACAGUAAGGAACAGUGUGAGUCAGGUGAUUCAGCUUAGGUAUGGUGAAGACGGUCUGGCAGGUGAAUAUGUAGAAUUCCAGAAGAUGCCUACAGUUAAACUCUCAAACAGACGUUUUGAAGACAAGUACAGAUUUGAUGUGACCAAUGAAAGGUAUUUGCGGCGACUAUUUAAUGAAGAGGUUGUCCGUGAACUAAUUGGGUCCCCAGUUGCCAUCAAUGUUCUUGAAGAAGAAUGGCAAAAACUCCAGGAAGAUAGAGUUGGUCUUCGGCAGGUGUUCCCUAAGGGAGACACAAAGGUGGUGUUGCCAUGUAAUUUGGAAAGAAUGAUUUGGAAUGUGCAGAAGAUUUUCCACAUCAAUAAGCGCACACCAACUGAUUUAAACCCAGUAAGGGUAGUUGAAGGUGUGAGGGAAAUGUUGGCAAAGUGUAACAUUGUGACGGGUGAAGAUCGUAUUAGUCUGCAGGCCAACGAGAAUGCUACCUUCCUUUUCCAGUGCUUAGUGCGAUCAACACUCUGCACAAAGAAGGUUGCAGAAGAAUAUAAACUAACAUCUGAAUCCUUCAACUGGCUUGUUGGUGAAAUUGAGACUAGAUUCCAUCAAGCGAUUGCCAAUCCUGGAGAGAUGGUAGGAGCGUUGGCUGCCCAGUCCCUUGGUGAACCUGCCACUCAGAUGACACUGAACACUUUCCAUUUUGCUGGUGUGUCCUCCAAGAAUGUAACCCUUGGUGUACCCAGGCUAAAGGAAAUCAUCAACAUUAGUAAAAAACCUAAGGCUCCAUCACUCACUGUGUUCUUGGUGGGAGCUUCUGCCCGAGAUGCUGAGAAGGCCAAAAAUGUCCUUUGUCGAUUGGAACACACAACAUUACGGAAGGUGACAUCCAACACUGCCAUCUACUAUGAUCCUGACCCACAAAACACAUGCAUUACAGAGGAUCAAGAAUUUGUUAAUGUGUAUUAUGAGAUGCCUGACUUUGAUGUCUCUAGAAUUUCCCCAUGGCUGCUGCGUAUUGAACUUGACCGCAAGAAAAUGACAGAUAAGAAAUUGACCAUGGAACAGAUCUCCCAAAAGAUCAAUUCAGGUUUUGGAGAUGACUUGAAUUGUAUCUUCAAUGAUGACAAUGCCGAGAAACUUGUGCUCCGUAUCCGUAUUAUUGUUGGUGAUGAUAAAUUAGCUGAUGAUGCUGAGGAACAGGUGGACAAAAUGGAGGAUGACACAUUCCUGAGAUGCAUUGAAGCCAACAUGCUUAACGACUUGACGCUCCAGGGCAUUGAAGCUAUCACCAAAGUGUAUAUGCACUUGCCUCAGACUGAUGAAAAGAAACGUAUCAUUGUAAAUGAUCAAGGUGAGUUUAAGGCAAUUGCAGAAUGGUUGUUGGAAACUGACGGAACUGCACUCAUGAAGGUACUCUCAGAACGUGAUGUCGAUCCAGUAAGAACAUCCUCCAACGACAUCUUGGAAGUAUUUGAGGUCCUUGGUAUUGAGGCUGUGCGAAAGUGUAUUGAGAAGGAAAUGAAUGCUGUGCUGAUGUUCUAUGGUCUGUAUGUAAACUACCGUCACCUUGCUUUGCUUUGUGAUGUGAUGACAAGCAAGGGCCAUCUUAUGGCUAUCACCCGUCACGGCAUCAACAGACAAGACACUGGAGCCCUGAUGAAGUGCUCCUUCGAAGAGUCUGUUGACGUGUUGAUGGAGGCUGCUUCAUGUGCUGAAGUUGACCCCGUUCGAGGCGUGUCUGAAAACAUCAUGCUGGGACAGCUGCCUAAGAUCGGCUCUGGUUCGUUCGAUCUCGUGUUGGAUGACGAGAAGUGCAAAAUGGGAAUGGAGAUUCCUAUGCCGGGAGCAGGCAUGAUGAUGGGUGGAGGCAUCUUUGGUGCUGCAUCACCAUCGUCUGGUAUGACCCCAGCCCAGACCCCAUGGGCUUCAGGAGCGACCCCAUCCAUGUCACCAUAUGGUGCAUGGACACCUGGUGUAGGAAGUGGCAUGACUCCAGGAGGACCGGCUUUCUCACCUGCAGCAGCCAGCGAGACAACAGGCUUGUCUCCUGGGUAUUCUCCAGCUUGGUCGCCUCAGCCUGGCAGUCCGGGAUCCCCAGGGGGUAUGAGCCCAUACUUCCCAAGCCCUGCUACGGCUCUCUCGCCCUCCUACUCGCCAUCGUCUCCGGCGUAUCAGCCCACGUCGCCAAGCAUGACGCCGGCGUCUCCGGGCUACUCUCCAACUUCCCCCACAUACAGUCCAACCAGCCCACAGUACUCACCGACUUCCCCUCAGUACUCCCCGACCAGUCCCUCCUAUUCCCCAACCUCCCCAUCCUACAGCCCCACAUCUCCCUCUUAUUCCCCAACCUCACCAUCCUACUCCCCGACAUCACCUUCAUAUUCCCCUACAUCUCCUUCCUAUUCUCCCACAUCUCCCUCCUACUCCCCAACCUCGCCCUCCUAUUCCCCAACAAGUCCCUCCUAUUCCCCAACCUCUCCAAGUUACAGCCCAACUUCCCCGUCCUAUUCUCCUACCAGCCCCUCUUAUUCACCCACGUCCCCCUCAUACUCCCCUACCAGCCCUUCAUACUCCCCUACAUCCCCGAGCUAUGCUCCCAACUAUUCCCCAUCCUCACCUGGAUAUUCCCCUACAUCGCCAUCCUACUCCCCUACCAGUCCUUCAUAUUCCCCCAGUUCGCCCCAAUAUUCCCCAGCAUCGCCCUCCUACUCGCCUUCCUCUCCCAAGUAUUCCCCAACCAGCCCCAACUAUUCCCCAACCAGCCCGACCUAUUCGCCGGGUUCACCCUCCUAUUCCCCCAGCUCUCCGAAGUAUUCUCCAACGAGCCCCACGUAUUCCCCCACCUCUCCGUCCUACUCGCCCUCCUCCCCCAAAUAUUCCCCCACCUCACCCAACUACUCGCCCUCCUCGCCCAAGUACUCCCCUACCUCGCCCACGUACAGUCCCUCCAGUCCUCAGUACAGUCCAUCGAGUCCUAAGUACUCGCCAACCUCCCCGACGUACAGUCCUUCCAGCCCCAAGUACAGUCCCACAAGUCCAACCUACAGCCCCACCACCCCCGGUUAUAGCCCAACCUCCCCGCUCUAUUCCCCGAGCUACGAGGAGGACGAGGAAGAGCAGCGAAGAAAACAGAAGAAGAAGUCUAAACGCUAAACACUGGGUGUUGAGCAUAGCACAGGAACUGUCCGAAUAUAUUCCCUUAUUUUAGUGCUAUUAUUCGAGUUGCUAUUUUUCUGUUCUUUAUGAAUGAUAACUAUUUUACUCAUUCAGUUUCUAAACAAGAAGAGCGUAUUUGUAUACUAAGAGAAGGGAUUGAUGCUCCUUAAACCUUAAAAAGUUUUCAUAGCAAGUUAUUGACAUUAUUUUUAUUUUUGUAAAUAAUGGAUAUUAUAAGCAUAGCCAGGAUAAAUGUAAUUUUAUCCAUUAAAAUGUGUUAAUGUAUCUUAUUUUAGUUCUGAAGUGUAUUCAACAUGUAUUUUUUUGUCUUUACCUGCCUUCUUGCAGUUAGUUUCUUGGUCAGAUUUACCGAGAUUUUUAAAUAGUGAAGCUAUAUCAAUAAAAGCUUUGUGUAACACGGGCAUGGUAUCUCCAUAACAUGUAGAAUUGAUAUUCAACAAAGAAAAAAACCCAAA